CCGUGUGCUUGCGGAGUUGCAAGUUUAAAAUCAUCUGCGUCUCCCAACCACCUCGAAAUGAUCCGUUGAAGCGAGUCGGUGUGAUGAGCCCAUCGAGUUGAUGCCUAGUCCCAUUUUACAGAUGGUCGUCGUUCAUGUGCCUUUGGCUCAGCCUACAGCCUCCCAACCCAGGCCCACCCUUCGCCCCCCCUGCUUGGUGUGACUUUGCCAAAUAACGAGUCCCCACUCAACCACCACCUUCUGCCCCACCCUAAAAUCCAACUUCAGUAUGUGGAUGGCGAUUGCACUGUGUCUGGAUGCCUUGGGGACUCGUGGCUGCCUCGGCUAGUCUGUGCUCUCUGGCCCACCUCGUCCCCACCCUGCGCCCCUCCUGCUUAGAGAAAUGCUGAGAUUUUCUUCCUGCGGGGGCCACGGUGGGUCUGGAGGAGAGAAGGAAAGGAAGGCUGAUGACAUGCUCCAUUUCACAGGGUCUGAGCCUCUUGUUCUCCUGCUUCAGGACGCAGCAGAGCACCGCCUACGGCUCCAGGGGACACAGCGGUAAGACCCCGAUUCCCCCACUUACCAGCCGUGGCCGCAGGCAGGUUCCUACCCUCCCUCCCGAACGUUUCUGUCCUUCCUCCACAACAUUCCAACAGCAGUCCCCUGGGCUCUGGGUCACUGUGAGUGUGCAGUGAGAUGAUGCUCAGUACCUGACACGUGUGCAGUGCUCGAUAAAAGCGUUGAACUGCUGCUAAGCACUUACUGAGCUCAUACUACAUGCCGCCCCUGAUCCUGAAGUGAAGAGGCGAAAUAAGACGGGCCAGGGCCCUGCCCUCAUGGAGCUUAUAUUCCAGAAGGGAAGACAGGGUAAACAUGACAAACGACAUAAUGGUCAUAUGUGCUCUGAAGCACAAUGUGACAAGUGACUGAGGCAAGGGACUGAGUAAGACAGGCCUUUCUGGGGAGGUGACAUCCAAGCCAGGCUCUAGGUACCAAGAAAGAGUUAGCCAGGGGAAGAGCAGGAGAAGGGGUGUGUGGGAAUGGGGAACAGCACAUGCAAAGGCCCUGGGGUGGAGCUCAGGGAGGCUGGCGGGAGGAGCAGGUGGGAGCAGCCAGUCUCCGUGGUCCCAGGAAGCGCAGGUGAUUGGCCGUGAGAGCGGCUGAUACCGAUGUUAGCUGAAGUUCAAGGCCAGACCUUGGGUAAAAGCUUGGUUCACGCUGGACAAGUGCCCAUGAGGGAGGCCUUCAGGCCUGGCUUGGGUCGUGUUGCCAUGGACACCUGUCACCAACCCCGCUGGGAACCAGAGCAGCUCCCAGAGGUCACACCCUCUGGGCCCUGACCUGACCUCGCUGGCCACGUGCCACCUGGCCGAGCCUCCCUUCCUGACAUCGGGAGGGGGGUGGGGGGCUGCACAGCUCGGGGCUGGUGCUCCGCGGGGUGUCCACCCACGGGCCCCAGGCCAGGCCGCCGUCCCUCCUGCUCCAGCCAGGCUCCAGGACGCAGCUGGAGGAAGGGCCUGGAUGACAGGGACUGGGGGCAGCCAGGGGACCGUCCAGACAAAGGAGCUGCCCAGACGCACUCCUCACGAGAGCCGGCCACCGGGCCACCGCCACGGCGGGCAGUGCCGUGCCCAGGACUGGGGCCCGCAGCCACGGGACCCCAGGGGAGCCGCGGCGCAGAGCGGGGCUGAGCCUGCUGGGGACAGGGCCACGCUGCCGCCUCCACGUGGGCACAGUGUGUGCCCCACCCAGACCCGGCACAGCCAUGGGGUCCUGUGUGGCUGACAGACACACACAGUGCAGGACAGACAGACAGACAGACACACAGUCGGGGUGGAAAGCACAGCAGAGUGGGCCGCCGGCAGGACGGACGCCGCUCCCGGGAGGACGUGCACACAGAGCCGCAGUCGCCGCCCUCCGAGCUCCUGCUCCAGGUGAUUGCACCUGGGGACAGAAGCACCUGGGCCCCCACCCUUGCCCAGGCCUCGCCACAGAUCGGGCGGCUAAGCUGAGCCCGGAUCAGGAAUUCCCAGUUUCCUAGCAGUGGACAUGAGGGGUGGUGUCCGCAGCUGCCCUCUGACGUUCCAAAGGCUAAUUCUGUACCUCUGGCUGGAGGGGACUCAGUGUCCGUUCCUGCCAUCCAGGGUUGGGUAAGGCCAUCUUCUGGCACAAGGACCUCCCUGCCACCCUGGACUUCUGGCUCUUCUUCCCAUAGGCCAAGCUCAUGACUGCCUCAGGGCCUUUGCACCCCCUCUGCUCACUGUCUGAAACCCCCUCUACCCAGGUCUUCUCCUGAUUCCCUCCUUCCCAACAUUCAGCUCUCAGCUCAAAUGUCACCACGUAGGAAAGGCCACCCUGACCCACCUCCUCACAAUCCCUCCUUUAAAGCCAGCGGCUCAGGCUCAGUUGUUUGCUACCGAGGUUCUGGGCCCUGGCUGCUCGUUAGUAUCACCCGGGGGGGGGGGCGCCUAUCCAAGGAUCCUUCCAUGCCGGGCCUGUGCAGGCUGAUUAAGGACCCCUGCUCUGUGGGUCCCCAGUGCUGGCACUUAGGAAAAAACCCUCACACCAUCUAAUGCGCAGCCCAGACUGAGAAUUCCCAGCCCAGAGGCCUCACAGCCAGCAAGAAGGCAGCGCCCCCCAUCCUUGCUACAGUUUAUUGAGCACCUACUGUGUGCCCACUGUGGUGGUUACAUGCUUUGUGCCUGGUGCUGACUGUGUGCCAAGCACUGUGGAAAGUCCCUGCUGGGACAACAGCUCUGUGAUGUGGCAGCUGCUACCAUCCCCAUUUUACAGGUGAGAAAAGGAGGCACAGAGAGGGACAGUUGCCUGCCCAAAGCCACACAGCCAGAAAGUGGCAGAAGCAGGAAUGGGCCCAGGCGGGUGGCUCCGGGGCCUUGUCUUCAAUGCUGACCCUGAGCCGCCCUGUUCCGUCCAGUCCUCAUGACUCGGCAACCACCAGUAGAGAGUGAGGAGUGGGCCAAGGCCAUGUGGGCAGCAUCCAAGCCACUGGGACUCCACAGUGCAGGGUGCCACCAGGGAGGGGGCGGCUUCCUGAUCCCUAAGUCCUUGUUCCUCCAAGUCCUGGAAACCAGCCCUGGGGGAAAGGUGCAGACCAGAGGCUGGCCCUGCUGCCCGUGAGUGGCCACAGGUCCUCUGGGUCCCCCGUCACUCUCCCUGAUGGCAGUUUUCCUCCUUAACUAUCCAAGCUCAGCUUCUCUGGAUGAACGUUCUCCUUCUUCCUAGAAACGGGAGCAGUCCUACAUCUGAGUGGAGGACCCCAAAGCCAAGGCACCUUGAGCCUGUGUGGGAGCCCCAGUGCCAGACUAGAGCACAAACAGGAACGGGGCGUGCCAAAGCCCUGGGCAGGACGUGCCCCUGGUAGGACAGCCCUGGACAGUCAGGUGCUGUUCCUCCAGCCACCAGCCCGAGCGCCACAGCGGGUGCUGGAUGGAAAUGCGCUGUGACACAGGUGGUGACAUUUGGGGGCCUCCAGCUUCCUCCAGAGAGGAACAAGGCACCAGUGGCCCCUGGGGACCCUGAGCUCUGCGUGACACCUUCGGAUGCCUGGAAACCGCCCGCGUGCGUCACUGCCCGGUCCAUUAACGUGCGCGUGCUAUUUCGGGCGGGUGGCCGUGUUCUCCGGGGUCACAGCCUCAGCGGAGCAGGAAACAGCCGGGCAGCGGGCGGCGGCGACGGGGAGGGGAAGGGCCGGGCCGGAGAGCGCGGAGGUGGCGUCUGGCCCUGAGAGUCCAGGGGUGGAGACCCCGGGCCGCGCCCCCGCCGCGCGCCCUGGAAACGCCUUCGCUCGAGCCUCGCGCUCUGCCUGGAGCUUCCCGAGGAGUCUGUCGGCUCCCCCCACGUGGCUGCGCCGACAUCUGCCGCAAGUCACCGGGGACAUCCUGCCUGGGGUUGGGGGCACAGUUUUCAUUUCCAGCUCUAGUUGCCUCCUCCGGAGGCGGACCCCCCAGCCCCGUCCCCGCCUCACACAGGGUUACAGUCCCUCCCAGAGACGGGGCCACCUUCUGCUGGUGACCAGGGCGCAUCUGCCUUCCCAGGAGGCCUUGGACGUCAGGGAGGACCCGCUGGGUCCCUGGGCCAGCCUCCCGGGUCCAGGCCAGCCUGGUGAGCCCCUCCCGCUCCUGCCAGCUCCACUUCAACCGCCCUCUUUCCUGGCACCGACCCCAGCCCCCAUCCGCCCUGAGCCCAGUGGAGGCCGAGCUCCCGCCAGGGGUCUCCAGGACUCUUCCACGGGUCCUCCUCCAGCUUCACUUCCCAAGGUCUCUGGGGCCUGGGCUUGCCCUGUGCCACCCAGCCAAGGUCCUGCCCUCCCGCCUGCCACUCAGGGCCCUUCCAGACCCGUGUCCUCUGAUCUGCUCCCUGACCCCCGCUCUGCUUGGGGCCUCCAAACUGGGCCCCGCAGCUUCCCUCCACGGGCGGAGGUCUCAGGUUCCCUGCAUUCUGCUCUCUGCUUAGAGAUCAAAGGGACCGGAGGCUGGCCCUCGGGUCCCACAGAGCAGGUCACCAGAGCCGAGGCGCUUGGAUGAACCUAACAGCGGGCCGUGGACUCAUCCCAGGACCUGAUUCUGUUGGGAAAGAAGUAUUUUGACAAGUGCUGGGAGGAAGGCAGGAGCCUGGGAGCGCUGCCAGAGCCCGGAGCUGGGGGAGGCGGCCCUGGGAGGGGCCUUUCCCGUCCCUGGGGAGCGACAGCUCCUACGUGCUGGUCUCAGUGCCCGGGGACUGCGGGAGCUCUGCACGGAACACACUGAAGCCGUGGGGCACUUGGUCGCUGGCUGGCAGAGCGGCAGAGGAACCCCCUCGGGAGGCACCACGCUACCAAAAGGAUGGCCCAGGAGCAGGAGGGCUCAAGUCAGGUGGAAGUGGCCGUCUUCUCAGUGCCCAUCCAAACCUAAGGCGGUUUUCCUGCCCGUCUGCCCUCUGGAGCAGUCCCUUAGGGUCGUCCAUAUACGAGGGAAAGGUAGUUUUUUGCAGGAAGUCCAAGGUCAAGGCAUUAGCAGUGUCUGGCCAGGGCUGCAGGUGCCAGUGGUGGCGCUCCCCCACAGUGAAGGGCGGGGGGCAGAGGGGCCUAGUGGCUCCGCCAACGCUGCCCGAGGUCCUCUUCUGAAGGCCCCGGCCACCGGCCUCAGCGCCUGGGCAGCGGUCUCGGCACCAGGGCUGUCUUUCCACCCGGCGGGGCUUCCCAGCCUUGGUCUGUGGCUCCCCAGCCCUCCUGGUCCCGGCAGGCGCAGUCCUGCCUCCAGCACCAGGGGAGGGCGGGAAGGGGAGGCCCCCGGAAGGAGCAUGCCCCACUUCGGUGCCCACCCACUGUCGCAGGUGCGUCAACAGCGGCCAGGAACAAGGGGGUGGGAGGGCAGCUGCGGGCGCUGAACAUCCUGUCCCAGGGCAGGAGGGGGAUGGCCGCGGGGAGCCUCCGCCAGGUGCGGUCUCUCUCCCAGAGUUCCUGGGUCUGGAGAAUCCGAACCAGGAAACCAGUAGAAGUCCAGGGGGGCCACGGGGCGGGACCCACAGCCACAUCUUGUCCCCAUGGCGCUGGGGGUGGGGGCCGGCCCUGCCGUCACUGCUUCUUCCGAUUUGUCUCAGCUUCAGGACAACCAUGCGGGGCCCAUCAGUAUCCCCAUUUUCUAGAGAAACUAAAAGGCAAGGGAUGUGCUCCAUGUCCCCAAGCUCAGGGGUCUGCACUGGUUUGCAGCCCUGGUAGGCGCAGAGCUUGGAGCGCAACCAGGAGAUACAGGAGCGCGGAGAGGUCUGCUCCAUGCAGCAGGUAAGAGCACCAGGUCCUUCCCAGAGAGCUCCCCGCGGAGCAGGCCAGGGGCUCCUGCUGGGGGACACCCCACCCCCACCUUGUGCCGUACUCACACAGGAAAGACGUCUCCCGGGCUCAGCUCCAGGUCCCGCUCCUGCAGACAUGGCAGGUUCAGAGGGG